GCAUACGACGUUCAAUUUACGCGGGUGUGCUGAUGCUUCGGGGCCGGGUAUCCAACCAGCCGAAAGGCACCAGGAAAGUGGGUGGAUAGUUCGGAGACGCAUUUUGGGGGGGGCGAUCGCGUGACAUGGCCACGGACGACGAGGACGGCGGUGCUGAAGCCAACACGCCGCCAGCGGUUCCGCUGGAGCGGCGUAGGCGACCUGGCAGGGAACAGUGGUCAAACAAAACGGAUUUCCUAAUGUCCGUCAUAGGAUUCGCCGUGGACUUGGCCAACGUUUGGCGAUUUCCAUACCUGUGCUAUAAGAAUGGCGGAGGGGCGUUUUUAAUACCUUAUUGUACUAUGUUGUUGGUUGGUGGAAUUCCUUUGUUCUAUAUGGAAUUGGCCCUCGGGCAAUUUUAUCAAACUGGAGCAAUAACAUGCUGGGGUAGGCUAGUCCCACUGUUCAAAGGCAUUGGUUACUCGGUAGUUUUGAUUGCGUUUUAUGUGGACUUCUAUUACAACGUAAUCAUAGCAUGGGCAUUACGAUUUUUUUUGGCUUCAUUUACGAAUAUUUUACCUUGGACCACCUGUGACAACGACUGGAAUACAGAYUUCUGCCAACCGAUAGAUGCAUACUUGGCGAUUAUGUGCAAUUCGAUCACGAGCUUUUUAUCCGGUUUCGUUAUUUUCACUGUCUUGGGUUAUAUGUCUCAUGUUUCUGGUCGACAAAUUCAACAUGUGGCAACCGAAGGACCGGGUUUAGUGUUUAUCGUUUAUCCUGCAGCCAUAGCAGCCAUGCCAGGAUCAGUGUUUUGGGCUUUGAUAUUCUUCAUGAUGCUGCUCAACUUAGGCCUYGACAGUUCGUUUGGAGGAUCGGAAGCAAUCAUAACUGCGAUGAGCGACGAAUUUCCAUUGAUCAGACGUAAUCGGGAAGUGUUUGUGGCGUUAUUGUUUCUUCUUUAUUUUGUGGUCGGUCUCGCAUCAUGCGCUCAAGGAGGAUUUUACUUUUUUAAUUUACUCGAUCGUUACGCCGCCGGUUACUCGAUGCUCAUCGCCGUGUUGUUUGAAACUAUAGCUGUAUCGUGGAUCUACGGAGUCGAUAGAUUUUGUGAUGACAUCAAAGACAUGAUGGGCCAUCAUCCUGGUGUUUACUGGAGAUUUUGUUGGCGUUUUGCUGCUCCUCUGUUCUUAGUCUUCAUUAUAGUAUACGGUCUGUUGGGAUACGAACCCUUGACUUACGAAGGUUACGUGUAUCCGGCUUGGGCAAAUGUGCUCGGUUGGAUAAUCGCUGGCAGCAGUGUCGCAAUGAUUCCAGCUGURGCACUUUAUCAAUAUUUCAACACCUCGGGAACGCAUUUACAGAGAUUAAAAAUUCUCACUACACCUUGGCGGGACGAACACGACGACGAUCCGAUUUCUAUAAACGGGCUGCACAUACUCUCUGAUCCAGCACAAGUGAGAUUGACCAGUCCCAUCGCAUCCGUAGACGUUUGAGAUCCAAUAGAAAUGUCAAAAUAGUAUUAAGCUCGCUGAAUUCCAAUGGUCYAUUAACCUCUAGCGAGUAAACAGCUGAUAUCGACUGUCGUCUAUAAACAAUAGUAUUUACAUUAGCUAUAUUAAUUCUAAUGAUUGCAUCCUCCAUUUUAAUUCGCCUAAUUAAAYGAGUUCUGAACUCUAAAAGUGUUUGUGUGUGAAAAUCAAACGGUCAUUUAUAAAUUUUGCUUAAUUGGUUAUAAAAUAGUUGUAGGUAACUAUCGUAAUGAUAGAUUAUAGGUACAUAGAGUAGAUAAUUAAAAAUUUUAUAAUGCAAUAAUUUUAUUAUAAUAUUACUUAAUCCUUUUUAAAUUUUAAACGUAGAAAUAUUUAAACCACGUUGCAAAGUCGAUAAUUWAACUGAACUUGUUUCGUCAAUGACAACGACUACUUAUAAAAUUUCGAUGAUCUCAGCCUCGAAUAAAAUAAUUAUUACAAAUCKUCAUUUACUUGUUUCAUGAUAAUAAAUAACAAUCAAAAGUAUUGUAAGUUUUGGGUUUGAAAGCAGUACAUAAUGUUAAAAAUUAAAUAUGUAUGAUAAUCUGCAGAAUCACCAUAAUCUACGGUGUGAUAAGAUUCUAACGUUAUGUACCUACACUAUAUUUGGGUGCAUAAUAUUUAAUUAAUUUUUCUUUGCAUUAAUUAUAAAUAGAAUAGUAUUAUACAACAUAUUUAAUUAGUGGCUAUUUUUUGGGGAGUUAAAGUCUUACAAUAGUAAUAUAUCUGUAAUUUAAUGAACAGUUAAAUUGUGUUAUAUCUAUCUAUAUUAUAUUAGGUACCUAGUUUGGUAGUUUGUUUUAUUU